CUUCCUUGCGGCAUGCUGAUGUUGAAAUGGGUAGCAGUCUGCCCCCGUGAACUUAGGAGGGUAAUUUUCACUGUGAGGGUCUCGCUGGUCAAAUAGAAAUACCACCUUUGCACCUUCACCCCACACUCCCCUGCCUCUGUAAUCUGUAACCAUGGGUGGUUACAGACCAGGGUGACCAGGCCAGAUUACAGUCAGUACUUAGCUACCCAGUGUCCAAAGUAGAAUGCUCUGUCAUGUGACCGAUUCAUACAUGCAUUGGUUUCACCAGCGUUCUCUGUUUGCGAGUGUGCAUGUGGUUUAUUUCAUUAUUUGAACAACCAUUUGGUGCACAAUUCCUAUAACAAAGAAGGCUUUUGAAACAUCUAGGGCAUCUAUUAUCUGUGACAGUAUUGGGCACGGCUUUAUCGUGUUUCAGAGUUCUGUUUCACUAUGCUAAGAAGAAGAUAUAACUAUAUAAUAUCUAGAUAGUAUAUAUUUUGUGCCUAUGCAAGUAUCAUAUGCGUUGAAAUCUUUGGGAGUGUGCCUUUAACACACUCCACAUAUGAAAGAAAGGAGGGCUGCCGUCUGAACAUCUGCUUUUGUGAGUAUAUCCAUGGAGAUGUGGAGUGUCUGCUAAAAACAUCAGGCCGGGGGACUGCUACCUUGCCCCCCGAGCACUCCCCUUUUUGGAGACUGGUGAAGUGGGGAGCACCACCCCUCUCUGCUUAGGAGCACAGCUAAAUAUAAAAGGCCUGUCUCAUCGGCUUCCUGUCAUUUUGCUGCACCCCCGGACCGGACAGGGGUCUUCCAACAUGAACGUCUCCAAAGCAUGGAUGGGCCUCCUCCUCUCCCUCACUGUGAGCCUCUGUGCCCAGACCACCGGUGGGCAGGCACUGGCUCCCAGGCCUUUCUUUGAGAGGCUGAGACGGCUAGAUGAACAGUUCAGGAGAUUCCAGGAGAUGACCCUCACUCAGCUCCAGGGCAUCGCCGAGAACUACAACAUCUCCUACAACAUCGACGACCGCUUCCAGCAGCUGGCUGAGCAGCAGCAGAACCUCUCCCAAGUCCUGACGGCCUUCCAGGCCUCGGCCACCAGUGACCUGAGCAGCCUGAAGCUGUGGACCAAGAAGCUGCAGAAGAAGACGGAGAGGCUGGACCUGAAGGUGAGCGAGCUGGAGCGGGCGCUGGAGGAGAGUUCCAGACGCGCGCCCGGCCCGGGGGAGAGUGCCGAGGAGCAGGGGCUGAGGAUGUCCAACAUCACGCAGGAGCUCCAGGAGCAGAGGGCCCGCCUCGACGCCAUCGCAGCUGACCGGGACGAGGUCCGAGGGGGGCUGCGCGACCUGAGGGACUCCUUGGGGAGGCAGGAGUCCAGGAUGGUGCAGUUGGAGGAGCAGGUAAGGAGCGCGCUGAAGCAGGGGCGCGCCUUCCCCACCGGGGAUCGUGAGGAGGAGCUCCAGUCCAACCUGACCCCCCAGGACCUGGGCCCCAGGGCCAUGGUGACAAUGCAGGGGCAUGGGAGCCCCAAGACCAGUGCCAAGCUCCAGCUGAAACACUCCAAGGGGAAGAAGGCUAAGGAGGGCCUGAUGCUGCACCAUGGGCACCCCCAAAAGCAGAAUGAACCCCAGCCCCACCCCCAGGAGGAUGCUAUAGAGCUGUGGGAUCAGCCACAACCCCAUCUCCAAAAGGAACCAAUCGACUUAUGGGACUCACCCAAGCCCCGUCCACAAGAGCAACCAAUGGGUGUUUGGGAACAGUCACAACCCCACGCCCUAGUGGAACCAAAGGAAAUUUGGGAGGAACCACAGCCCCACCCACACGAAGAGCCUAAGGACAUUUGGGAGCAGUCACAGCCCCACCCACAAGAGGAACCAAUGGAAAUUCAUGAGCAGUUACAGCCACGAACCCAAGAGCAACUGAUGGAAAUUUGGGAGCAGUCCCAGCCCCGCCCACAAGAGCAACCAAUGGAAAUGUGGGAGCAGUCCCAGCCCCGCCCACAAGAGCAACCAAUGGAAAUGUGGGAGCAGUCCCAGCCCCGCCCACUGGAGCAACCAAUGGAAAUGUGGGAGCAAUCACAGCCCCGCCCACAAGAGCAACCAAUGGAAGUGUGGGAGCAGUCCCAGCCCCGCCCACAGGAGCAACCAAUGGAAAUGUGGGAGCAUUCAAAGCCCCGCCCACAAGAGGAACCAGCUGACCUGUGGGAAAUGCUGCCCCACCAGCAGGAGGAGCUGAGAGACAUGCUGGACCUACCACAGCUUCCGCUGAGACACAAAAUCCCUGGACAUCAACAUGUGCCCAAGAAUACAGGCACAAUCUGCAAUGUGAAAUCUGCCUUGACCUUCCCCUCCGCCACCAUCCAGAACUACGUCACCUUCAACAAGGGGUUUUCCACCGGCGUUCACGAGCUGUCCAUCUGCACCUGGCUGAAGGUGGGGGCUGGGGCCAGGUACAUGGGCACACUCCUGUCCUAUGCCACCGAGGACAACGACAACAAGCUGGUCCUCUACGGCCGCAACUCCACCCGCCGGGGCAGCCUGGACUUUGUGAUCGGUGACCCGGUGUACCGCGAGCUUCCUGUCGAGGGCAUGCUGGACGGGAACUGGCACCACUUGUGUGUGGUGUGGUCGUCCAUCGAGGGCCGGUUCUGGCACUACACUGACCGGCGGCUGACCUCAACAGGCUCCAGGUUCAGGAAGGGCUAUGAGAUCCCAUCAGGAGGUGCUGUGGUGCUAGGGCAGGAGCAGGAUGCGGUGGGCGGGGGGUUUGACGAGGCGGAGGCCUUUGUGGGCUCGCUGGCCGGGUUCGCCGUUUGGAACAGGGCGCUGAGUCCGGGUGAAGUUUCGGAGGUGGCAACAGGGAGGGGCCUGCCCAGGGGAACCAUCCUCACACUGGACGACAUCCAGCAGCCCAACGGCAACGUGCGGCUCCAGCACUGCGACUGCCUGGAGAGCUGCUUCUGACUCUCAGCAAACCGAACAAUCUGAAUAACGCUUAAAAGGCCUUGUUGGGUGAUGGCAGUGUGUGCUGUGUGUGUAUGUGUGUGUGUUCAUAUAGGCACAAGCUUCCAUGUGUGUGCGUUUAAAUGCAUGUGUGUGGUCUUAACCCUACUACAUUUAGACCACAGGGGACUCCAAUCAUUGUCAGUUCCAUUAUCCAAUUCUCAUUUUGACCAAAAUGCUAAAGAAGACCAAGCAGGUUAAAAAAAACUACUGAAUCCAAGGGAAGACCUUUUAUUUGUUAUAAAGAUUUUGUUGUGGGAAAAUGUCCCAGGUAUGAGUGUCUGUAGAUGACAGUGUGUCUGUGCCUGUGACCUCACAGGAAAUAUUUGUAAAAAGAGUCCUUGAUAUGUCGUUAUAUUAGGCUUACUUAUAUUAAGAUUACUGAUAUUGUAUGUGCAUAUUUCCUCUCUACCUUCUUCUAUUACCCUGUCACCUCUUAAUAAAAUAUUUUCAAAGAGAUACAGUGCUGCUACUUAACAAUACCAUGUUCCCUUAGAGAACAUACA